AUGGCGCAUCCUCCAAUAUACAAAGCGAAUGUCAUGUGGUGGAACAAGUCGUCAAUUUAUAUCCGCUGUCCCCAUUGCGACAAGAUUCAUCGUCAUGGCUUCGAUGGGGAGUAUCGAGCUGAGUAUCGUCGCGCACCGCAUUGCGAGAACGACGGAUGUUACAGCAUAUGCUUCCCCUCCAACGGCCUCUAUGAGAUCGACCAGAGCAGGUGCCUGUACGUACGUGCAGGUGACGAUCCAGCCGAUUAUUUCGAACAGCUCAAACCCGAGCUAAGGGUGGACGUAAGCCACCAACGCAAAUGGACAGAGGCAAAAGAGGAGGUCGAGAUGGACGAAUAUCAUCGAAACAAACUUGAAUUGAUCAGCCGUGCUCUUGGCCUUGGUCCACUCCAAGAAGUUGAGCGUGGCAAUAGACUUCAAAUUGCUGUCUCGGACAUGAGCAACGGCAGAUUAGAGGCUGUGCGCUCUUACCUUGAGACCUCCCACGAGAAGAACAUUUUUCUUCACGGAGUGCAGGCCUCGGUUUUUGCACAAUCCGAGGUGUACGAGGGGAGUGCGUGUCAAGAUAUCGAAGAUGGUCAAGAUGGAAAUUGCGACCCUUCUGAAGCAGAGAUUGAAGAAACCAUAACAUCUGGAGUCACUGCACUGCAUCUAGCUGCGUGUGAGAGGCAUCCGGAGAUGGUCAAACUACUCCUCGACUACGGGGCCGAUCCAAAUGCAAGAAUGGUUGAUGGACGGACUCCAUUGAUGGAAGCUGCGAUUUGGGGACGUCUGGGUAACACUAAACACCUUCUUUCUUAUGGAGCCGACAAGUCAAUUCAAUGCGUGCGAGAAGGGAAGCAGCUACGAGCUAUUGAUCUUGCCAGAGACACUCUCGAAAAUAGCGAGGAGAGAUACAACCGAUCCGGUCGAAAUCACCAGAUAUACAAGGAAGUUACACACGAAAGAAAUUUGGAACGUGCAGCAAUCUUUCGAGAGCUGAAUCGCGAGGCUAUGCAUGAAGAAUAUGAGCACCAAACACCUUUCUUGGGGCCUCACAGCUUUUGUUUCACAUCGAUAUUUGAUGGAGGCAACGUCAUUUCCAUUCUUGCAAACUUUGAUGUCCCGAACAAACGCAAAACCGUGGGGAUCUUGUUUCGGAGCACUAUUGUCAGCAAAUCUGCUUUCCCACCCGUGGCUGCCAUGAGUGGUUGGGGUCACGCGGAGAAUUCAAAUCUCGAUCUUCGAAUCGCGGGAAAAACAUGGACAAAUGAGGUCUUCCAAUUAUGUCGGCUUAUUGGGCACAACUUGCCUACAGGUGGACAUGACCUGGGCAUACCUGAGCAAUUUUAUGCAUGUCACGCAGAAAAACAACUGACUGCUUACUUUGUCAACAAACAUUUAUUUCUGUCUCAGGAGGGCAGUUCUGACGAUUUCGGGAUGUCAACUUUGAGCCUUGAGGCAUCAGAUGGGAGACAUAUCGACAGGCUUAUGGAGCUUCGCGAGGCAGAACCUCCUCAGAGACUUCAGAAAGCAAUCAUUCUAACUUCUCGUGCUGUGUGCUACGACUGUCAGGCUUUUAUAAUCAGAGUCAAUAGGGUAUUCACGUUGGAUAUAGACCUCCAAGGGCCAGCAGUGUAG